GGCGCCGGGCUCGCCGCCAGUCGGAACCUGAGCGCGGCCGCCGCCGCCAAGCCCGGCCGGGGCGCACCGAGAGCGCGUGGGACUACUACGCUCCACGGCGGCGGACCCAGGCCGGAGCCCCAGCCCGCGAGGCGUGUCCGACUCCCGGGAAGCGUCGCCGGGAAGGAGCCGGUUCCCCGGCUGGCGGGUCCCGGAGCCGGCGGGCAUGGAGCCGUGGAAGCAGUGCGCGCAGUGGCUCAUCCACUGCAAGGUGCUGCCCGCCAACCAUCGGGUGACCUGGGACUCGGCGCAGGUGUUCGACCUGGCGCAGACCCUCCGCGAUGGAGUCCUGCUCUGCCAGCUGCUCAACAACCUCCGCGCGCACUCCAUCAACCUGAAGGAGAUCAACCUGAGGCCGCAGAUGUCCCAGUUUCUCUGUUUGAAGAACAUCCGGACAUUUCUUACAUCCUGUUGUGAGACAUUUGGAAUGAAGAAAAGUGAACUCUUUGAGGCAUUUGACCUGUUUGAUGUUCGUGACUUUGGGAAGGUUAUAGAAACAUUGUCUCGACUUUCUCGAACACCUAUAGCAUUGGCCACAGGAAUCAGACCCUUCCCGACAGAAGAAAGUGUUAAUGAUGAAGACAUCUACAAAGGCCUUCCCGACUUAAUAGAUGAAACCCGAGUGGCAGAUGAAGAAGAUCUCUAUGACUGUGUUUAUGGAGAAGAUGAAGGGGGAGAAGUAUACGAGGACUUAAUGAAAGCAGAGGAACCGCACCAACCUAAAUGUCCAGAAAAUGAUAUACGGAGUUGUUGUCUAGCAGAAAUUAAGCAGACAGAAGAAAAAUAUACAGAAACUUUGGAGUCAAUAGAAAAAUAUUUCAUGGCACCCUUGAAACGGUUUCUGACAGCUGCGGAAUUUGAUUCAGUCUUCAUCAACAUUCCUGAACUUGUAAAAGUCCAUCGGAGCUUAAUGCAAGAGAUUCAUGAUUCCAUUGUAAAUAAGAAUGACCAGAAUUUAUAUCAAGUUUUCAUUAACUACAAGGAAAGGUUGGUUAUUUAUGGGCAGUACUGCAGCGGAGUGGAGUCAGCGGUCUCUAAUUUAGACUACAUUUCUAAGACAAAAGAAGAUGUCAAACUAAAAUUAGAGGAAUGUUCUAAGCGAGCAAAUAAUGGGAAAUUUACUCUUCGAGAUCUGCUUGUGGUUCCUAUGCAGCGCGUCUUAAAGUAUCACCUUCUUCUUCAGGAGCUGGUCAAACAUACCCUGGAUCCUACGGAGAAGGCAAACCUAAAGCAGGCUCUUGAUGCAAUGAAGGACUUGGCACAAUAUGUGAAUGAAGUGAAAAGAGAUAAUGAGACCCUUCGUGAAAUUAAACAGUUUCAGCUAUCUAUAGAAAAUUUGAACCAACCAGUUUUACUGUUUGGACGGCCUCAAGGAGAUGGAGAAAUUCGAAUAACUACUCUGGACAAGCACACAAAACAAGAAAGGCAUAUCUUCUUAUUUGAUCUGGCCGUGAUUGUUUGUAAGAGGAAAGGUGAUAACUAUGAAAUGAAGGAAAUCAUAGAUCUGCAGCAGUACAAAAUAGCCAAUAAUCCUACCACGGAUAAGGAAAAUAAAAAGUGGUCUUACGGCUUCUACCUCAUCCAUAUCCAGGGACAGAAUGGGCUAGAAUUUUAUUGCAAAACAAAAGAUUUAAAGAAAAAAUGGCUGGAACAGUUUGAAAUGGCUUUAUCUAACAUAAGGCCAGACUUCGCAGACUCCAAUUGCCAUGACUUCAAGAUGCACACGUUCACUCGGGUCACGUCCUGCAAGGUCUGCCAGAUGCUCCUGAGAGGAACAUUUUACCAAGGCUAUUUAUGUUUCAAGUGUGGAGCAAGAGCCCACAAAGAAUGUUUGGGAAGAGUAGACAGUUGUGGCAGGGCGAAUUCUGGUGAACCAGGGCCGCUCAAACCAUCAGAGAAACGGACCAAUGGACUCCGAAGGGCUCCCAGACCAGUGGAUCCAGGUUGGCCAAAGAUGCAGGUCAUUAGGAACUACACUGGAGCCCCGCCUCCACCUCUUCAUGAAGGACCCCCAUUGCAUAUCCAGGCUGGAGAUACUGUAGAACUUCUGAGAGGAGAUGCUCACAGUCUGUUUUGGCAGGGUAGAAAUUUAGCAUCGGGAGAAGUUGGAUUUUUCCCAAGUGAUGCUGUCAAACCUUCUCCCUGUGUGCCCAAACCAGUAGAUUAUUCUUGCCAACCCUGGUAUGCUGGAGCAAUGGAAAGAUUGCAGGCAGAGACUGAACUUAUUAAUAGGGUAAAUAGUACUUACCUUGUGAGACACAGGACCAAAGAGUCAGGAGAAUAUGCAAUUAGCAUUAAGUACAAUAAUGAAGCAAAGCACAUCAAGAUUUUAACAAGAGAUGGCUUUUUUCACAUUGCAGAAAAUAGAAAAUUUAAAAGUUUAAUGGAACUUGUGGAGUACUACAAGCAUCACUCUCUUAAAGAAGGUUUCAGAACCUUAGAUACAACGCUACAGUUUCCAUAUAAGGAACCAGAACAGGCAGCGGGACAGAGGGGUAAUCGAUCGGCCAACAGCUCCCCCUCUCUGUUCUGUGGCUUUUCUUUUGUAACUCCUCCAGAGUACAGCUUUGUUCCCCCUUCUUCUACUCCUUUCUGGUCAGUGCUAAGCCCCAAAGUGUUGGGCAUUGCCGUCGCUCGGUAUGACUUCUGUGCAAGAGAUAUGAGAGAACUGUCCUUGUUGAAGGGAGAUGUGGUGAAGAUUUACACAAAGAUGAGUGCCAAUGGCUGGUGGCGAGGAGAAGUCAAUGGCAGGGUGGGUUGGUUUCCAUCCACAUAUGUGGAAGAGGAUGAAUAAGUUCCAAUCCAGCAUGGCACCCUGCACCAAAUAUCUCAGAGAAGGGAUAAACAGAAGCCUGCACAGCAUUAUGAAUUAACUGAAGUGUGUUUUUUUUAAAAGCUGCAUUUCUGGCUUUUCAACAUCCUCCCUCCCUUUUUCCCUCUCUUAAGUCUUAAUGCUGGGCUUUCUAAAGAUGCUGGUACUGACAGAUUAAUGGCUUGCCUAGAGCUGUGCAAGAAACAGCCUGCCAGUCUGUCAUUGUCAUAGACCGGGGCAGAGCCAAAAGUUUUUCUUCCCAAAGGAGCCCUGCAGAACACAUUGGUUCAGCUUUCUGUUUAUUUCAUUGAGUCAGACAACAUAAAUGUCUGUCAUUAGUAAAUGUCAGAUGCAUAUUUACUUUCAUUCUUACACGACUUUCCCCAAAACUUUUGAUGGUACCAAGAAGGAGAAGGUUGAUUUUGCCUUUUUCAGCAUGAAGAAAAAUCACGGAGUUCUGCUGUUUGGAAAAGAUCCACCCUGACUGGAAAGAUCCAGUAUGUCUUGUCUUAAAUUGUUCAACAGGUGACUCAUUGCCCAGUAAACACUUUUCCCCACAGAUGUUACUCAUGAUAAAAUAUGAGAAGCAAAUGUUCAGGUUUGCACAUAAGUGAUCUAUUCCAAAAGGGUUUUAAUUAUUCCUUUGAUGUCCCAAUUACAUUUGCAACCUCUUUAUUAAAAAAGGGGGGGGUUAGGGGGCAGGAAGGAGGGACAAAACACAUGAAGGUGUCUCCACAUUAAAUCUUCAAAACUUUCAUGAUUUUAUAGGGUCCUAUUGGAAAUGUCAUGCUAGACUUGAUGAAAUAAGUUUUGGCUGGAUUUCUUAUCGUGGUUGUUGAGAGCCUGAGUAAGGUGGUAUUGUUUACAGAAACUGAUCAAGGGCUAUAAUCUAGAGUAAAUCUUUUUUAUAACAGCAAUAUCAAUUAACACAUGCCUUUCCCCUACUAGAGAGACCCCAGAACAUAUUGACUGAUUCCCACAUUUUCCUCUGAGUGUCUAGAGUUGCACAAGCAGCUUUGCUGAGGAUUUUGGAAGGAAAGCAUAUUUGGGCUUUUUAUGUAUUUCAGGGCCAGAAGGAAGAUCACUAGAUUUUUAAAUUAAAAAAAAAAUUUUUUUUGCUUCCAGGUCUUCUCAGUCUUCUCUUCUGAAAUCUGUCCUGGGUGUAUCUUAACUGGUGGGUUUGAUGAGUUUCACAGUGCAUUUCUUUUUCCAACCCUUCCCUUUAUGACAUGAGGAGUCUCUAUAUAUAUUCUUCCUGGAAUGCACUGAGUUCCCAGUUAAGGCAGUCAAGUUCAGACACUACCUUAUCCUCCUAGCUGAUGCAGUAUUUCCUCUAUUGCAGAAGUCAUGUUCCUGACAAAAUUCUGAGUGUUUCUUUCUGGGAAUAGCAGACAUUCAAAACACUCACCUCAUAGAGCCAAACUAAGAGCAUUCAGUUGUGAAAUGUCUUGAUCAUCUCUGAAAUGAGGGAGCUGUGGUCUGCCCUCUCCCCAACCCACUUGGGGUGCCUACCCUGGGUGUUCUGUGGACACCCCUCUCAAUUAGAAACCCUCAUGGGCUAGGCCUUCUCCUCUAGGAUAGAUUCAAGACCUUUACCUCAGAAUUAUGUAAACUGUGAUUAUGUUUUAGAAACAAUUAUUCUUUGCUAAAACUAGACUUUUUGUAUAUGUGUAAAUGAUCAUGAACAUGUAUUUUAUAAAGUGUCCUGUACAGUAAACUUGCCCCUGCCCACGUAUAUAUUUUUGGAAAGGAUUCUUUCUCCUCAAGUCUUACCUGUGACUCUGUCUCGAGAAUGUUUCCUCUGUUAUUGUCAGCCAAGAGGUUGCUAUGGAGAAAGCACAGCAUCCCACAAAUUAAGACACUCCUGUGUAGAGUACUGUAGCAUGUAUUGUUUAUUCUGGUCAGUGGACUCCCCGCCUUCCUUAUAAAUGGUGUGUGGUCUUCCUGUUGCAUUUCAUUGGUUGAGGGGGUUCAUAGCAGAGGAUAUUAGAAGAACUCCUCAUGAUAUUACCAAUCACAUCUUUGGUCUACGUUUCAUACUUUUUAUUGGAGACUUCAAAUGUUGUAGAUUUGUGUAGAUUUCUAAUACCAAAGACAGAAGUAAAUGGUUUCCAUGUACUAUGUUUUGCCUGUAUGCAGCCUUCAUGUACUAGGCGAAUUAGAAACGUAUCUUAUUUUGUAAUAUAUUGUAAAUAUGUCAAUACAAUAAAUAGUUACUUCUUACCUGUAA